AUGCCUUUGCUUUCCUUAGAGAACAUCACUCUGUCCAGUGCCCGUCACGUGACCAUAAGCCCACAUGAACCAGGUGAAGGAGCCAACCCAAUGGAGGGACGUCGCUCUUGGCGGUUCCGCAACACAGGUGCUCGGAUCGAGGGGCCGAUUGCCUCGUUCCCAGCCGCGGUCGAUGUCGGCGUUGGCGACAUCGGCCUGUUCCAGGCCAUCAGAUCCGAUGUCGAUGUCGAUGCGGACUCCAAGGCCUUAAGGAACAUCAACAGGAGCUACCUCAACACCAAGGAGAAUGUGGAGAAGCGGCAGAAGGGCGAGAACCAUUUGAGUCUGUGCAUUGAGAGGUACCGCAGGCAGACCAAGAAGAAAAGGUGCUUCUUGCACGAGCAUCCAGCUGGUGCUGACAGCUGGGAUGAGGAGGAAAUGCAACGUCUUCAACAAGAACCAGAUGUUUUCACAGUAGCUGACCUGACGUGUGCAUGGGGCAUGUCCAUCCAUGCCAAGCGAAAAGGCAGCGGGCUGGUCUACAAGAACACCAAGUGGGCGACCAACUCGCCGGAGAUUGCAGCAGUUCUGGAUCAACAUUGUCGCAAUAGACGUGGAGGUCCUAUCCACCGCCAUGUGGCACUCAUUGGCGGGCUGGCAAAACUUGCAGAGGCAUACCCAGAUGAGCUCGUCGUCUCGGUCUUGGAGGGCUUGAGGCGGCAGAUGAAAGCUGAUGGAUCUUUGAGCUCCAUAGAGAUGUAUGCGAGCGGACCUGAUCCUACGGAGCAUCUAUUUCCUGAAGAAAGUCAUCAAGCUGUUGACGAGGAGCUGGAGAAGUACUACGACGACAUCAGUGGUGAAGAGCUUCCAGCCAACUUGGUCAGAGACGCAAGGCAGGAAGAAAUACAGUGGAUCAACAAAAUCGGCCUUUACACCAAAGUGCCGAGGUCAGUGGCUCAACAAAGGGGAAAGACUGUGCUUCCUGUGCGCUGGGUCGAUGUCAAUAAAGGAGAUCGAUCCCGAAUGAAGUUGAGGAGUAGAAUUGUUGGAAAAGAGCUCAAGGCACGUACCAAGGAAUCACUCUUGGCACAUGAGUUGUUCAGUGCAACCCCGCCAUGGGAGCUUGUCAAGUCCCUGUUCAGCCUUCUUGUCACCGACCUUCCCCAACAUGUCGGUGGUGGGCACGAGAUGUGCAUUGGGGUGUUCGACAUCAGCAGGGCACAUUUCAUGCCGAAGUGCCAUCGUGAGCUCUAUGUGGAGAUUCCUGCAGAAGAUCGUGGUCCCGGAGAAGAAGUCUACGUUGGUCGGUUGAACCGUGGGAUGUAUGGAUUUCGAGAUGCCAGCAAUGCAUGGAUGAAAGAUUGGCAAGAGCUACUUGCAGAAGGUGGAUACCAAGUUGGAGUGGCCAAUCCGGCUUCGUUCUUCAACGAGGCAGAGUUCUCUCGAGGUGCAGUUCAUGGAGAUGAUUUCUAUGUUUUGGGGCCUGUGGCAGCCAUUGACAAGAUGAAGGAGUUGCUGGGUUCCAAGUACCAGAUGCGGGAGUCAAACUGCCUUGGAUUCACAGAUGGGUGUGUCCGUGAGGCAACAGUGCUGAAUCGAAUAGUCACUUUGGGCUUUGAGGAUGGACGACGCUUUGUCCAAAUCGAACCAGAUCGUCGUCAUGUGGAGGCAGUUGGGAUGAAGUUAGAUGGGUCGAACGGUGUCACCACACCUUCCGUUCGACAGACAGAUGCUUCAGCUGAUUCUUUGAAGAGUUCUCCGUUGCUUAGUGCUGCGGAUGCUAGCCGAUACAGGCUUGCGAGGUUCCUCAUCUACAAGCCGGACAAGAGCUUGGUUUUUCGUCAGCAAUCAAUGCCAGAUGCACUUCAGAUCUAUGUCGACUCAGACUUCGCCGGAAGUCGCACAGACCGAAAGUCUACGACUGGAAUGGUUCAGACUUUUGGAACCCACAUGAUCAAGGCUUCGAGCAAUUCGCAGAGUGUGGUGGGACUCAACGUCUCAGAGUCGGAGUUUUACACUCUGGUCCAUGGUGCUUCACACGGGCUAGGGUUGCAGGCCUACUUCCUCGACAUCGGCAUCAAGGUCGGCCUGGUGAUCCUCUCCGAUUCAACAUGUGCAAAGAGCUUCGCGAGCCGUGGGCUUGGGAAGCAGCGCCAUGUGAUGACGCGCUUUCUUUGGUGGCAACAAGUGGUUGUGUAUUUGCUGGUCAUUGCCAUAGAGCUCACGGGUGCAGGCUGUUGUCUCUGCAAGGGCCGUAUUCCGCCUGGGGCUCCACCAUGGAUGGUUGCUGCUGGUGUGCUGGCCAUUUGUAGUUGCAUCUCGUACCUGUUUCUCGCUUUGUGGUUUGGGCUUCAUGCCUUUGUUGCAGCACAGGCCUACAAGGUGCGGAUCCUUACCCAGUUGGUCAGGUUGCCAAUCCCUUCGUGGACGCACAUGGAAGCUGCCAGAACUUAUGGUUCAGACUAUGAGAGCAUGGGUACCACGCAAAUGUUGCGUGUCCCAGUUGUGACUGGUUCUCAGGAGAGAUUCGUCACCCAACAGGGAGGUGAUGCGAGGCCUGUGGACCCUUGGGGCCUGGAGCGCAGUGCAGAAGAUACACCCGAGCUCCAAGCAGACGUGAACAACGCGGUGGAGAAACAGCGCCAUGUGUUCCUGAUCCGCGAAGCUGCCAAGUUUUUCAACACAUAUGAUGCUUUCUGCCGCGUGUCCAUGAGCGCUGGAACUAGCUCUUUGGCCACAUUCUUCUGCUUCUAUUGUCUUGCGUAUGUUUGUACUGAAUUAGCCGCGCCAGUGGCUGCAUGGGCAGGAAUGUUUGUCUUUUGUGGCAUCACCCUGCUGUUGCUGCGCACGGAUCAGAUCCUCUCUGCGCGCAACUACUUCGUAGGUUCAAUUUUCCUCUUCUUCUCCCCAGUGUUCUGUGCUGUGGUAACUUUUAUCUCUUCCAAACACGUUGGAAAUCCAGGAAAUAUUGAAUACCUCGUCCCCAUUGGCCUCUUCUUGAAGGGCUGCUGGUUCCUCUAUUACCUCCACGUGUUUCACUGUCGUGAGCAUCAGACCGGCGCAGUGCUGCCGCGAUCCUUUAGGGCAGUGCUUUAUGUCGAUCCUUUUGGCUGGGCCAAGCACACACGACAGUGGUUUAACAGAUGGAAGAUUGGCACUUCUGGUCCACAGAACAAUGUUGGAAGCUACAACACAAGGAACAAGCUGCCAGCCACUCAGCUAGCCGGCGCUCGAAGGCCUUUGCGACCUGAAGAUGCGAGGCACGAAGUGCCCGCUGUGCAGCUAGGGCCACUGGUGGCCAACCCAGCUGAUUUAGGGGAAGAGGAAGAUGAGGAUGUUCAUCGCGCUAGCAGCAUGAGGCCUACCUCCUUCUUGCCCAACACACAGGAACAGGCAGACGACCAGGAUCCCGAUGCAGAAGGUCAGGAUGAGCAGGAGCACGGACACGAAACUGCAACCGGCCAGUUGGCUUCAUUGCAGCCGUGGCGUGCCUUCUUCUUCAAUACUGUUCUGUUGGCGGUGAUGUGGUGGUGUGCAUCCUUCGUCGCGUUCUACGAUGUAUGGAUCGACUUGCCGGAGUUUACAAAGUCUCGCUAUGGCCUGAAACCCGGAGAGGUGGCACGAAUGGCGACCUUGCUGGGGGAGAAGGUGGAAACAGGAUGGGGCAACCUAACAUGGCAACCGCACGGCUUUGCUUGCGACGGAUCAGUCUUUGCUGUGGCCGGCCGCGAUGGAUUGGGGCGAAGCGCAAUUCUUCAAGGCGAAAUGCAGAAGGGCAGCGCGCUGCAUUUUGAGCUAGCGCCGCAUUGUUCGUCCCUGGCGCAGAUUCAGGAUUUGGCUGUGCGAUGCCAUCAGCAUUGCGAUGCUGUUGUGAUGCCGUUGAAGGGGCAGCAAUUAGUCAGUUGCCCAUUGCUGGCCAAAAACUGGUCAUCCUCUGGAUUGGCACGACCUUUGGCUGUCUCCUGGCUGGAGGACCGCGGAGGAGCCCCCCUGGAGGAGCACCAAGGCCUGAGGCAUUUGCUGCACCCAGAAGAGAUGUCUGCCAUCUCUACAGCACCAUGUCCCGUCUUGGACGGAAAGACGGACGAGGAUUGCUUAGUUGUUGGUACCACUGCGAGGCGCCUGGUGCAGCUUGCGCGUGGGCGGCAAAUGCAAGAUUCCGAUGACAUUUGGUUACCCAGGCGGCUUCUGCAACGCUCUGGGGAAGAGCCUUUGGGCCCCGGAGCGUUCGCAGCAUUCGGGAAGAAAUAUCUAGGAGUGUUGCAAAAAGAUGCAAACAGCAUUGCCGUCCUCGACCUUUCCGCUGGCGGUCGAACUGUGGGGCAGUGGAGUUUGCCUCGACCUUCAGAGGCAAAGGAUGACGCAGGCUUCAGUGGCCUGUGUGCCAGUGAUGAAGCGCUUUUCGCGCUGCAGGCUGGGCCUGCACCCUCCGUUUGGCGAUUUCCACAUCCGCUUGGCCGAGUGUGA